AUGAUCAUACUCAAAUUAGGAAUCUAUCCAACUGUUCCGGAGCCUGAAUGGGAGUGCUUCGCGAAGAACAGACAGAAGUGGGAGAAACCUUUGGAGGGCGCCGCUCACAAGACGGCGGACGUCAAGUUCGAGCUGCAGUCAGCUGCACAGGGGGAAAAUGACAACGAUCUAACCACCUGGGACAACAAAUCAUGCAGCAACGUCCGAUGUGUGGACGGGGACUGCACGCUGGGCCGAAAGAUUGCAGUUCGAUCGGCCGAGGUCUCGCCAAGAGAUAUUCCCCAGAUGUCCAUCAUCAUCGGCUCUUCCAGACGACGGGGUGGCAGGCAGAUGGUCCGAGCGCCUGCACUAGCGCGACAGGACGACGACAUCAGGGAAAAAGUUUGGAGCUUUGCAACUGUCGCAUUCCUUUUCGUGCAUCAACCCCCACCAACUCAGACUGCCAACACCCACUCUCCGAACGAGCAAUCUGUCAAGACUGGGCAUCCGAUCCCUGCUUCGGAGCCAUGCUGCGACCAACGACAACGAUAUGAAAGGGACACUGCCCAGCGACAAUGGCGCCAGCCUUCGCUUCAGCUCUGCUGGCAAAUGAACUAUACAACAAGCCUUUCCGGCGAUAGCAGCAGCUCCGGCAAGGAUCACGAGAACCAUGUGGCUCAAGAUCACCGCGACGCCGAUCGAUUUUGGACCACGGACAGUAAUUCGCCAGCCGCCAGCUCUCCCGAGGCUCCGAGUGCCCGAGGCCUUGACGAGCUCUUAAAACUUGCUUCGCCGCCUUUGUUUGCCUUUAGAAACGUGUCGACGACUUUUCCGAAGUCCCAAAUCGAGGCGGGACAACGACCCCUUGACCGAGUAUGGCAGCCAAUGGAAGAAGACACCGAGGCUGUGGCGGUUGAUGAGGCAUUGGACGGUGUCAUCGAAGUGGUACAUCACAAACAUGUCGCGCAAGAAGAGUCACAGGCGUCGCAUGGUCUACCAGCAAGACAGCAGGUCAAUGAAAACCCCUCACAGCAAGCCGACGUCAGUUCAAACCGUCGAGCAGCUCCAGUGCUUCUGGGCCGAAGAGACAAGGGUCAAUUCGAGUACCUGCGACUUAUGAACCAAAAACAACGGAGCAACUUCGCGAAGCCAUCCGCAGACUUCAUUUCAUGGAAAAGAUUACUACAAGAAGUGUUGAACCCUGAGAGCAAAAACCCGUCAUCCACUGAACGCCAGAUGCUGAAUGGUGUCCUCGCCCUUGAUAGCGUGGACUCCAUCAGGUCUUUCCUCAACUACUCGUCACCUAUCCACAAACAGAAGGCGAGGAACAGGAUUCUGCUUUACACUACGUUGCGACGCGCUCCUGAAAAGGGUGCAAUGGUGCUACAAGCGUUAAUGUCAGACUCAUACCUGCCCUUUUACAUGAUCGAAGACAGCCUUGGAUUUCUGGCCUAUCAUCUUAGACAGAUGGAUUCUGGCAUGAGGCAGAACUGUGCCCAGGAUCUGGCCGAUAUGGCCGUUCGAGCUUCUCAAAUCGGCAAGAAGGGUCAUAUCCGCCUAACUCAGAACGCCAUUUACUCUAUUCUAGAUGCCCUCCCAUCAACUCAACUUGAAGAUUGGUUUCAUCAGCUCAUGGCGCAUGAGGUUCCGCUGCAUAAAUACACAUUGCUUCAGUUCGCGAGUCGCUUCGCCAAGAUGUCAGCAACGAAGGAUCUGUCACUCGAUAUCUGUCGGGAUUUGUGCGGGAACAAGUUACUGGAUAUCAACACACCUGUUGGCACAAGUCUGUGCACCUCUUUACUCACCUUUGAGAAGGGUGAUUUGCAGGCACCGGACGAGAGAUUAGUGACGCCUCCCGAUCUCUUCCAUUCUCUUCUCGAUUUGGGAUUGAUACCGAACGUCAUCACUUAUACAACCAUCAUUCAUAGCCUCUGCGUCAAGAAGGAGUUACGCACGGCGGUAGAGGUCUUCGAGGUAAUGAAGCAACACGGUGUGCAACCCGAUGGACACACUUACUCAGUCAUGAUGAACGGCUGCAAGGCAUGUGGAGAUUUCGAUGCAAUGCUGCGCUUCGCACACGAUGCUCGUGCUGCUGGCAUACAAGAUCCCGUGGUCUGGAAUGACAUUAUCCAUGCCACAUUUCUCGCCUGUUUGAAAGAGCCACGCGUCCCAGGUGCACGGAAUCGGCCGAGAUGUAUGGUCUGGGGCCCGAUGAACGCAAUCUUCUCGCGAUUGUUCAACACCGAGCCCCUGAAAACUCUCAUAACGCCGCGUUUGACUGACGUCCGCGAGUUCAUGGAGCUGCGGGGAUUCAUUCCGAGUAAAAUGAAGGGGGCCUUCUACGAGAUUUCGCCUCUGCCCCCCAAAGAAGUCAUCCAGCCAACCUCUUCGACAUUGAGUCUUAUGAUCAUGGGUUUUGUUCGACACCUUCCCAGGCCUUACGAUGUUGUUCUGUUCUAUGACCAGUUCAAAACGCUGCUCAGAGAAGGGAAUCCGGUGGCGCAAAGUCUUGUCCAGGAGCAGGGAUCCAUUGUCCAUGACAUUGUUCUCAGAGCCUUGCUCAAGUGGAAAGGCACGCUGCGUAUCAUGCUGGAUAUAACCAGAGACAUGAUGCCGGAUUCCGCUCAAGCCACAGCUGUGCCAGCCCCCGCCUCGUUGUACGCAACUUCGCCGCAGACCAGUAAAAAAACGUCCUUGAAUCCGGCUACAAAGGAAGCAGUUUCCGCCUUCGACUCGGCAUUAGCGAAGCAGGAAACAGACACCACAGACGCUUCCGCUGAUGGCACCGGUAUAGAUCGAGGAGUAACGAUUGGGGGAAACUCGAGGCCACAUACUGGCAUGUCCGACACAGAAAAUUACCGUGGAGAGGCAAGAUCUCCCAUCCGCCACCCUCACCCUAGCGUGCAUACCUGGAGCAUUCUUAUUAAGGCUUUCAUGACGAACAGCCGGACAAAAGAAGCCGAGCACAUCCUGAAACUUAUGCAACUACAUGGGGUGAAGCCCAACCGCGUCACUUGGAAUACCCUCGCUACAGGAUAUGCCAGGCUCGGUAAUACAAAACAGGCCGUAGAGGCUAUGCGGCGCCUCGAGGCUGCGGGCUUCAAGAGCGACGACUGGACUAUGCGUGCAUUCUCCCGCAUCAGCGACAAGGCCAAGGCGAUCAAGCUGAUGGAGCAGACAGUCGAGCAGAACAAAUUAACAAAAGAGGCGAUUGAGCAGCAAGAGAAGGAGCAGGAGCAGCAUCAACGAGAAAAGGCGGAUAUCCUUGAGACGAGGGAGAGUGAACUAGAAGAAGACGGCUCUUUUGCUCUGCAGGAACUGCGAGAUAUUGAAGAGGAGAUCCGCCGGCAUCCGCUCCAAGAGGAACAGCCAUCACCGGCCGGGGAGGCACGACCAGAAGAUGAGAAAUUGGGUAGGCCUGCGAAAGAAUCGCGGCCUGGGCCUGGAGGGGCGUCAAAGCCGCAUCAAGGAGAGGCCCCGAAGCCCGUUGCCAAGGCACAUACCGCCCCGAAGCCGGAUCUUGGUGCCUGGGACGCCCUCUUGUGGGACCACGCUGCAGAGUCUGAGCCACAGGGCCAGGACGAUCGAGAGCAAUCGAAGGCUUAG